AUGUUUAGUGAGCUAGUGGGCAAGCCACAGGCAUUGAUGACCCCUGAAACCCUCCGAAAGCUUGCGGAGUGGCCCUUCUUUGCAAUAUGUACGGUUCUCAUGGCAAUUCGUUUGGGGUUUCGGUUGCGGUUUGUUCGUCGACUAUUCUGGGAAGACACAUUCGCGACCUUCGGAUACGCAUUCCUCUUGGCCAUAGAUAUCGUUGCCCUAUAUUGCAUUCAUCAUAUUGAGGCAUAUGAGACACUUGUUGUCGAAUCACCUCGAUGGCAUCAUCACUUUAACGCAAUGUUGAAAUUAUCAUUCACGGUCGAUGUGCUUUAUAACUGCAUCAUUUACGCAAUUAAGGCCAGCUUUUUGGCUUUGAUGUGGAGGAUAUUUAAAAAUAUUCCUGGCUUUCGAAGACCUUGGUGGGUUGUUACUAUUACCACCGUUGUAUUGGGCUUGACCAGUUUAUCACUUGAACCAGCGACUUGUGUCAAGUUCUACUUAGUUAUGGCACUUCCAAUCUCGUUCAUUGCAAAAUCCCGACUACCUUGGACUCAGAAGUUAGGCAUUAUAUGCCUGUUCUCGUUGGGACUCAUCAUCGUUGCAACCUCCCUCAUCAGAAUUAUAUCUCUCAACUACCCUGGUGUCCAUCCUCCUGUUAGCUGGAAGGUAUUUUGGGCCAUGAUCGAAAGCAGUAUAGCAGUGAUGACAUCCUGCUUUUCCUCAUACGGAUCUCUCUAUACUUUUCUCAAACGAUCCAACAACCCUCGGCGUCGGCCGUCGUACACAGGAGGGGAAGCAUGGCCGAAGCACAGACACGCACUGGCAGUGGUCACGGAGGCCGGAGGAGUUCAAGAUGGAACAUUGAAUGAUGGAGAAUCAACGGUGAACAUCCUUUCACAAAUCGAGUGUGAAAGACCUGGCAAACCCAUAGACAAGAACAGGUUGAGGAGGUGGUUCAAAAUUCCUGGGCAAAAAUUCGAACCACGUUCAAUUGUAACCCGCGAGAAAGUGGUGAACUGCGUCAAAGCUUGGCUGUCAAGUUAG